AUGGACGAGACUGUUAACAGGCCAGCUAGAGACCUGAAGAAUUUUGAGUUUACACCCAUAGGUUACGUGAAGGAGAAGCAAAAUGGGAAGCGAACAAACGGGCCGAUUAGUGACGAUGACCAUGGCAUACCGAGGAGGAAGACGCGUAAGAUGAGCCUUGACGAUAGUUUUAACUCUACCAGGAUGUUCAAUGAUGAGUCGCAGCUGGAAGAAACUUUGCCUCAUGUAAGGCAGGAGAAGGAAAACACCAAUGUCGAUAAGAGGAAUUUGAUGCAGGAACUGAGUGAAAACGCUGUCACGUCGAAUCCUUUGCGAGAGCAGCAGGAGAAAUUGCAUAAACUCAAUACGGAGAACUACAGUCUACGAUUAAAGUGUAACUCGCUGCUGAAGUUUCUGAAUAGCGUCACGGAUCAAGGCGAAUUGAAGAAAAGUCUGGGUCUCUUGGAGGAGAUACAGGAAUGGAAGCAGAAAUUCGAGAAGCUUCAAGGGGAAGUUUUGAAGUUAAGGGAUGCGAACGAGCAGCUGCAGUUGAGCGUCAAGGCUCCUCAACUGGCCACACCGCCGGAUACGAAGGAAGAGCUGGAACGACUCAAAGAGAGAUACGCAAAGCUAGAGGAGGAUACAAGGGCAAAGCAUGAGCAGAAUCAGAUCAAAAUUGACAUGUUGAAAUCGGAUCUUAAUAAUCUUAAUGUAACUUUAGCAACGAAAAACAAUGACUUGGAAGAGAAGGAACGGAAAAUCGAGCGAUUGAGGACACAGUUAGAGGAGUUUGAUCAUCGAGGGAGUGCAUCCCUCUUAGAGCUUGAAAGAAGUCUUGAUUUGAAAAAUGACGUUAUCAAGAGGUUGGAAGACGACCUGGCGAAGUUAGAGAAACUGGCGAAGGAUAAAGACAAUGAUAUUUUGGAGUUUAAAAGAAUAAUCAAGAGGAAGGACGACGAGCUGUCAAAGCAGUCGGUUAGCCAAGUGCGCUAUACCCAACAAGAGAAGGUUAUUAGAGACAAGACCGAAGAAGUUAGGCGACUGACAGAGCGGAAUAGAGCAUUAGAUCAGAGCAUAAAUCAGAUUACUGUGGAACACAAUAAGCUUGAGAGAAAAGUAGCAGACUUUCAGCAUUUGAAAGAUGAGCUGGAGAGUCAGAAAAAAGAGCUAGCACUCGCGAGAACUAAGCUAAAAGAAGCAGAAGAGCUAUCUGCGAGGUUUCAAAGUCAAAUUAUAGAAAACACGACCAAGAACUCCGAAAAAACAUCUCAGCGGGUAAAGGAGAAAGAAUUGGAGAUUAAUAACCUGAAGGAUCAACUGCGGAGGCUCCGACAAUCUCAGGAGACGCUUCUGCAAAAGGCGAAAGCUGAUGAUAAUUAUGAAAUAGAGAAGAUGGAAAGGGAAAUUUUAUUGCUGAAAGAGGAGUUGAAAGUUAUCGAGGAAUCUCAUCAGAGAGAGCUAGAAACCUGGAAGUCUAAAUGUGACUCCCUUAAUAGGGAAAAUGAAAGGAUAGUUCAUCAGGAAGUUGGUUCUAUCGGUGCGAUGAAAAAAAAUCUGGACGAAAAGCUGUCAGAGAUUGAGCGGUUAAAUAAGUUCUUGGAACAAUUAAGAUUUGAGAAGUCAGACUUGGCAGAAAAAGCUGUUCAGCUGCAAACUUCAAAGGACCGCUAUAAAGAAGAGCUCAAAAAAAUUGUCUCCAAAUUCGAGCAUCUAUCGAAAGAGUAUAUUAAGCUCAGAGAAAAGAAUGAGACUGGCGGCGACGAUGAGCUCUCUAGGUCGUUUAGGGAAAAGUACAAUUCGAUGAAACAGCGGUUGUUAGACGAGCUGAAAGUUCUGCAACAGGAGAAUUUGGCCCUAGAAAGAAAACUUAUGGAAUCCAAAGGUAAGAGCGUUGAGAACGGUACGUCUGCACGCCGGUCAAACACAAUGUCGCAGGAUCGGAUAGACUACUACAAACUGAAAUAUCACACCGAAGUGAAGCAAAAUGAUGAUUUAAGGACAAUGAAUGAGUAUUUGAAUCGAGUUUUACGGGCCAUAUCACAGCACGUCAGACUCGAUCUAAUGAAGAUUCGGAACGAAGUCGAUCCCGAGCUUCCAGCCUAUCUGGCUCAGCGCAACCAAUACCCCUUUGCGCACAACUUGGCGCCGCUCCAGCGCCCCAAGUUUAAGACAAUCGCCCUAUUUGUCCAAGCCUGCGUACGGAUGAAGCAAGCCGCUUUGAGACACCGAUGGGAUCAGCAGCGGAUACGCUAUCUUCAGAGAAAGAUGGCUCUUGAAGAUGACCGUGUAACUUGGUGA